GAUCCGCUCGUGUCGGCCUGGAUGGCGGUAUGCGAGCGGUACUGUAAGGAGAACCAUCUCAUCUGGCAUCAGGAGUUCCCUCCGGAGCAUCCGGUCGCUGAGCUCGAGCGGCUGCUGAUGGCGGUACUGGUACGCCAUCAAGCCCUCGGUCCACUGGCACUGGCCGUGGUGGACCGGGAGCUGAGUGGUAUCGGUUCUAAACCACCGCAACCGGUCGUCACCAUUAUCCGGACGGUGCACCAGACCAAGUGGGCGAUCGUCAAGAUGCGCCAGCAGCUGAACCGCAGCUACAAGGAAGUGUGCACACCGAUGAUUGACAAGUGUCGCUUCCUGCUGUAUGAAAUCCGGCCCGCAAUCAGCCUAGAGCAGCACGGGCUCGCCCGGUUGCAUAUUCUCCACCGUUUGCCGCGCUUCAAGGCGCUGGUUCGUCGCAUCAUCCGUGAUCUGCGCAUGGCCAAGCGGCAACUACGGUUAGCCUGUCAAGCGGCCAAACCGGACGACAUUGUCAACGUAACCAUCCAGAGUCAGCUGCUGACCGGUUCCAUCGGUAAGAUGCAAUCGCAGGAGAAUCUCACCAGCAGUACCGGCCAUCUGAAACACCUACACCAGUGUUCGGUACCGGCGGCAAUGGCAGCCAUAUCGACCGAGAAUCUAGUCAACGAAAGUCUCAUCAAGGUGGCCAGCCUCGAGAGCCUUGGUAGCGGCGGGGCGACUAACAAUGUGCCAGGGCGCACGAUCGAUCGUUCCGGUUCGCCUGUGAUUUUGCUCGCCAACGUAAAACACCAACCGACGGUGGCUGCUUCAUCGAUCGAGAAUCUUCUGCUCACUGGCAGCACGGCUAGCGAUGGUGCAGCCGUGGAACCGUGCUGUGGUCACGUUGGUACUGGUGAUUCGGAGACCGGUUGCUGUAACCAUAACGUGGUCGAAGGGAACGUAGUUGGCAAGAAGAUAUCUUUCACCACCGACGAUCCGACGAUCAAAACGCCAACGAACGAAGUGAUCGAGUUCACUGGCACCGGUGGAGGAGCUGGUGGAGGGGACACUGCCAAGUCCGCCAAGGUAGCGGCCGGCGAGAGUGAGUUCAUCAAUAACGUCAUCGCAAACCUGAGCGAAAAGUGUCUGCUCGCUUCCUAUCCGGCCGAGUUUAAGAACGACACUAGCCAGCAGAUCGUCGAGUUCAUACUGCACGAUCAGUGCGACGUUGAAACGCUGCGCCGCGCCAUGUACUGCCAGAUACAGCGGUACCAGUUACGCCGACAGGGACUGGAAAUGUUGAACGAGCUGCUGCGCAUCAACGGGCUGUUCGAUGCGGUACAGUACAGUUUGUUCAAUGGAUUCCUUGGGCUGCACGUGGAGCAUGCGUCCAGUGUCGGCCGUGAUGCCGCUGGUCGUGAAGGGCUGGAUAGUUUACUACGGCCAGGUGCAGAGCACGUGCUGGACAAUCUGAACAUGAUUACGGCGUACCAGAAGGCGGACAUAUUGAUCACCGAGGCGAAGAUCAUCGAGUGGGCCGUGGGGGAGCUGCAAAAGUAUGUGAAUCAGGACAAAAUCAACGGUCGCCAUCGAACGCACGGAGAGAAGGAUAACUCCAAUCUGGGGACGUACGUGUUUCUGAAGAAGCUGCCCCGCGCACGGUUUCUGCUGAGCAUCUUUGGCCUUUUGUCGCGCAAGUACGAAGCCAACGAGCUCAGUCUGGUGAUCAACUCUGGCAUUCUCGGUACGAUCAUGGGACUGUUACGGCAAACCGGUACGGAUAUGCCGAGCAGCAAGAACGCCUCCGAUACGUCCGUUAUCUAUGAGGAUGUCGUAACGAAUCUUAAGUCAUCCAAAGAAGGGCUUUCCGGACCGGAGCUGUCGAAGUUCAUGAAAAUUGGUACUCGAAUAGCGCGUGGUGCCGAUUGGAAGUGGGGCGAACAGGAUGGUCCGGGCGGCGAGGGACGUAUCAUAAGCGAAAUCGGAGAAGAUGGCUGGGUACGUGUGGAGUGGGAUAAUGGCUCCACCAACUCGUACCGGAUGGGAAAGGAAGGAAAGUACGAUCUACGGCUGGCGGACAGUGCUCUGAAGGCGCUCUCGCCGGACAAAGACAGCGAGCGAGAGGACUUUAACGAACAGCAGAUCAACAAUGAGUCGCAUCCGACGAAGCUGCUGCGUAACGUGUGCAUCAAAACACUGCAAAUGCUGUUCGCCUCGGUAGGACUGCAUGCGGACAACAUGGAACGGAACGCGCUUCGAGCGGUGGCCUCAAUGUUCCGAACGAUGCUGCAACCGGCGAUCGAUGGCAGCAACAGCAAUCGGGCGACAGUAGCCUGUUCCACCGCGAGCACGUACAACUUCGGGCUCGAACAGUGGACGGUAAUGGGCUUCCUUCGAGCCAUUUCCUCUUCACCGGCCCUCUCCCGCCAGCUCACGUCUCCGAUAUGGAUCGAGCUGGUGUUCGACAUCCUGAGUGCACCGAUCGCUAGCAAAAAGGAUGUGUACAAGAAGCUACACUGCCUACGAUUGAUGCAGAGCACGCUGGUGAACUGGGGCCCCGAAGAGCGGCCACGUAUUGAACCGCUGGUCGCGCAGCUGUUUGAUAUGUUGGGCUGUAUAGCACUUUCGUGUCCCAACGAUUCGUCGCUACUGCCGAGUUCGGCCACCGCGUCCGACGCUAAAUCGCGAGUGCUGUACAGUGCAUCGCACAGUGGUACCGUCGCGGAAGAGAUGGUGCUACUGAUCCGUAAGUUACACACGAUGCCCCUGUGGAACGAGGCAAUCAACUCGCUCAUUCAACAGAAGCUCUGUCUGACGGCCGAUGUGCUGUUGGUGAGCGAGCUAGAAGGUGUGUCCGAAUGUGACAAACGGGCCAUCAUGGGAACGCUCGGUACGAUCGGUGGCUGUGAUUCGCGACCCCGCAUUGGCCUCAACCUAACGCUCGACGGUGUUCGCGGUACCAUCUCGCGCCUAACGAAGAAAGGCAAGGUGGUGAUGAACGUGCACUCGGCGGUAGAGACGAAGAAGAUCGCCAUCUUCAGGGUGCCCGAGUGUGCGGACGUUGGUGCGUUCAGCCUGUCGAAGGUGACGAUCAACGAGAUGCUGCUGAACUCCUGUGCCGUCAUGUUUUACGGUGUCGGACAGAGUGGCCUGUAUGGUGGUGGUGGUGGUGGUGGUGGGAGUGGUGGUGUUUCCGUGUCUCCGACGUUGCUGCAAAGCCAACAAAUCAAUUUUUCCGCUCUCAAAGCCACCAAAGUACUGUUUCGCAAUCAGAGUUUGCUGCGGCGCAUCCUACGCCAACGAUCGCCCGGUCUCACACGAGGUGUCUCGCGGGACAGUGUCGGAUCGUCGGCCGAUCGAGAUCUCAGCCCGGACGGCACGGACGGGGGAAAGCUCCGCAGCGAAUCCAACACUUCCGACGAUUCGCAACCGUACUAUGCGGCGGAGCUGCUCAUACAAACCAUUCUAUUGCGUGCGACGCAACCGAGUCCACUGAAGGCUUGCUACACCUACCAGGAGAUGGAACUGGCGGCCCUGAACAUAUCGCAGAUGCUGGCUAGUCACGUGCACAGCAGCACCGUGGCGCCGACAGAUGCUAGUAUGGUCAGCAAUUCUGGGGGCGGUGCUAAAAAGACAACCUCUUGGUCGCAGCAGCAGCAGCAGCAGCAGAGUGGGGGCGGUCAACCCACCAUGAUCCAUGGUGUGCCAGUGUAUAACAACAAUAACAAUGAUGGUUCAUCACAAGCAAGCGAUCAUCUACCGGGGACACCCGCUUCUGGACGGCGUAGCAAUAAUAAUCAGCAGGCCGCAUCAACCACGAUACCGGUCGCUCCCGCUGCCCUGGUGCUGCAGAUCAUGGAGAUGGGUUUCACGCGCAAAUCGAUCGAGGUGGCAUACAGGAGUUUGAUGCAGCAGAAUGAGCACGGAUGUCCCACGGCUGAGCAGGUGGUGCAGUGGAUACUCGAACACCCCGAUGUCACCGCUAACCUUGGACUGUCAGAGAAGUGUACCGAUCACGAUCACGAUCGUGGCGGUGCACAGAGUGACACUGAAAGUGUUAGCUCCGAUACAAUGGAAGGUUCGUCGCAGCAGGACUGUGUGGCUGGCUACGUUCCGUACAAAUGUCGUGAAGAUUUUAAAUCAGCCGAUCUGUACGCAAUGUACGUGCGCGGACUGAUCUGCCCGGGAAUGCUGGUGCGCUGCUGUCAGGACUUUGAGGAGAUACGCAAGGGAGACAUCGGGACGGUGCUGAAGGUGGAACCGGAGAGUUUGCACGAUCUGAAUGUACGCGUGGAUUGGCAGAUGCACGAUCGGCCUUACUGGAUGUGCUUCGUGCAUCUCGAGAUUCUGGAACCACCGGGUACGGGCGGCGGUGCGGAUUCGUCGUCCGGUGCGGCCACCAUCAUGAUCGGAUCGCACGUACGUCUUCUGCGGUCGGCUACACAGAACUAUCUCAGUCGCUUCUCGUCGGUACCACGCGGCGCAACCGGUGUGGUGACUUCACUGAAUGGCUCGGAGGCAACAGUCGAGUUUCUACAGCAGAUGACAUGGAAUGGAAGCGUGAACGAACUGGAGCUACUCUCUAACCCUACGACUUACGGUCCGGGCUUACUGGGCAAUGCAUCGGGAGUAGCGUCAGGUGCUGGAUCGAGUGGAUCAUAUGAUAUCAUCGAUGAUUGGUCACGCUGCAUACGCUCGCUGACGGUUUCAUCGAACGAAGCAUCGGCCAAACAUCUGCUGGAUCGUAGCGCGAACAGUUACUGGCAAAGUGCAAGCACCUCGCCGCAAAGUAAACACUGGAUCCGGCUGGAGAUGCACGAUCAGGUGCUGAUACAGUCACUGACGAUGCACGUGGAUCCGGACGAUUUCUCCCACAUGCCCUCACUGGUGGUGAUACGAGUCGGUGAGACGGUUAGCACGCUGAAGGAAAAAUGCUACGUGCUGAUCAAUCCAACCGACGUCACAGUACAGCUGAUGCCUGACUGCAAGCAGUACUACCCGUGGGUCGAGAUCUUCAUCAAGCAGUG